AUGACCGAGGCGAGGAAGGAGGCUGAGAUGGUGAUGUUUGGUGCCAUCUACGAGCUGUUGGCGAAAAAUUACUCCUACUGCUCCAAUCAUCAAAGUGAGAUGUUUAAGGAGAUGAAUCCUAAUACUAAUGCACCUGCAGUGAGUUCAAAAAACAGAACACUCAAUUGGUUCUAUGGCAACAAUAGAUCAGUGUUUGUCUCAAAUUGCACAUUCCGGAUGGGAGGUGCUGCAGUUCUGCUUUCAAACAGACCAUCAGACCGAUGUCGUUCCAAGUACCAACUCAUCCACACAGUACGUACACACAAGGGCGUGGAUGAAAGGAGCAAUGGCUGUGUGUUCCGGGAGGAGGAAGAGAAGGAGGAGGUAGGCGUUGCCCUGUCGAAGGACGUAAUGGCCGUUGCAGGAGAAGCACCACUAACCAACAUCAGGACUCAUGAGCCACUAGUCCUUCCUAUGUCCGAGGAGCUCCUUUUCUUCGCGACAUUAGUCGUGAGGAAGAUCUUCAAGAUGAAAAUCAAGCCUUACAUACCUAAUUUCAAGCUGGCGUUCGAGCAUUUUUGCGUACAGUCUUGUGACUUGGUUCAAUUAUGGGAUAGGUUGAAAUUCAAUCUAGUGACUGUGACUUUGUGCUCUGCUCUUGUGGUUUUCUUAGGGACACUUAAUUUCAUGACAAGACCUAGGAACGUGUACUUGGUUGAUUUUUCAUGUUACAAGCCUAAGCCUGAUGUUAUGUGUCCUGAGGAACUUUUCAUGGAGAGAUCAAAACAAGCUGGGAUCUUCACUGAGGAGAAUUUAGCCUUUCAGAAAAAGAUACUGGAGAGGUCGGGGUUAGGACAGAAGACGUAUUUACCCGAAUCACUCCUGAGUGUGCCUGCGGAACCUAGUAUGGCCAAGGCGAGGAAGGAAGCUGAGAUGGUGAUGUUUGGUGCCAUCGACGAGUUGUUGGCGAAAACCGGGGUGAAGGCUAAGGAUAUUGGGAUACUUGUAGUGAAUUGCAGCUUGUUCAAUCCAACACCAUCACUUUCUUCCAUGAUUGUUAACCAUUACAAGCUGGGAGAAAAUGUUAUGACCUACAAUCUUGGUGGCAUGGGCUGCAGUGCUGGCCUCAUUUCUAUUGACCUUGCCAAACAACUAUUGCAGGUCAAUCCUAAUUCAUAUGCACUUGUUGUAAGUACGGAAAACAUAACACUCAAUUGGUACUUUGGCAACAACAGAUCAAUGCUUGUCUCAAAUUGCAUAUUCAGGAUGGGAGGUGCUGCAGUUCUGCUGUCAAACAGAUCAUCAGACCAACGUUGUUCCAAGUACCAACUCAUCCACACAGUACGUACGCACAAGGGUGCGGACGAAACGAGCUAUGGUUGCGUGUUCCAGGAGGAGGACGUCGACAAGAAGGAUGUAGGUGUUGCCCUGUCGAAGGACCUAAUGGCG